CGCUGAGAGCACAAGACAGGGGCAGUAAACUGAGUGGCCUACUAGAGGAGAGGUUACAGACUUAGGAAUGAACAGGAUCCGGAUUCAUGUUUUGCCAUCGAGCAGGGGCCGCGUGGCUCCUGCUGCUCGCUCCCAGGAGCCCCAGGCUUGCUCCUACACCCAGCGGCCCUGCUCUCAGCCUCGCCUGGAGGGCCUCGAGUUCUGCAUCAAGCACGUGCUGGAAGACAAGAACGCCCCUUAUAGGCAGUGCAGCUACGUUUCCAACAAGAAUGGCAAGCGCUGCCCCAAUGCGGCCCCGAAGCCAGAGAAGAAAGAUGGGGUGACGUUCUGUGCCGAGCAUGCCCGCAGGAACGCCCUCUCACUCCAGGCCCAGAUGAGGAAAGUGUCCUCGGGCCCCUCCCCAGAGAUCCUGCUGUCGCAGCUGAGUGGGUACAGCCGGCCAGAGACCGGGGCCCAAGGCCAAGACGGGGGCCGUAGCGAGGCCAGCCGAAUACUGGAUGAGGACAGCUGGAGUGAGGAAGAGCAGGAUUCUGUUCUGCUUGACCAGACGUGGAGGGGAGAUCCAGACAGUGAGGCCGACAGCAUAGACAGCGAUCACGAGGACCCGCUCAAACACGCGGGAGUCUAUACAGCUGAGGAGGUCGCCCUGAUCACGCGCGAGAAGCUGAUCCGCCUGCAGUCGCUUUACAUCGACCAGUUCAAACGCCUGCAGCACCUGCUGAAGGAGAAGAAGCGGCGCUACCUGCACAGCCGCAAGGUCGAGCACGAAACCAUAGGGAGCAGUCUGCUGACAGGGCCUGAGGGCCUGUCCAUAAAGGAGAGGGAGAACCUGAAGAAGCUGAAGGCCCUGCGGCGAUACCGGCGGCGCUACGGGGUGGAGGCCCUCCUGCAUCGGCAGCUCCGGGAGCGCAGGCUGGCCGCCACAGAGGGAGCUGUCCCACAGGGCCACACUGUACGAUCCAAUCAGAGGUGCAUCUCCUUUGUGGAGGGGGUACGAUGCCCCAAUCAGAGCCUCCCAAUGACUCGACACUGCGUGUCCCACAUCUACCAGGACAGCAACCAGGUGCUGUUCAAGAUGUGCCCGGGCCUGAAGGAUGUGCCCUGCGACCGUCCCGUGCACAUGGGGCAGUCAGAGGAGCCACGCUGCCCGUUGCACCUCUCCUUACCUCCCCCCAUGUACCAGCCCGAGCAGGAGCCCCUCGUCCCAGAGCAGCUGACCCCUGCACCGACGGACCUCUACCUGAGCGCCGCCGAGCUGCAGCCCACGGAAAAUCUGCCCCUGGAGUUCAGCGAUGACCUAGACGUGGUAGGAGAUGGCAUGCAGUGCCCUCCCUCGCCUUUGCUGUUCGACACGGCACUGGCACUGGAGGACCAGACGAUUCGGGAGAUCGCAGAGGCCCCCAUGGACAUCCUGACAGGGGAGGAGCAGGCGGAGCUGGAGGCAGCAGGGCAGGACCCUGCUGACCUGGAGCUCUCGGAGAGAGGCACCAUCUCCGUGGACAGUCAGGUUGUUUCAGAGGUGACUGCAGCGGGAAAUGGGGAUGGAGAGGCAGCGAAAGACAUUUCAGCAAAGGACUACAGCACAGCGGUAGCCGGUACCACUUGAAGAGCCUUUAUGCGCCUGCUUCACAUGCACUACAUACAGCUUUUGUGGAGCACAGGAGACUGAUGUUACAGUGUAAAAAAUAUCAUAAGGGGAGGUGGAGCCGCAUUGUGGCGGAUUAAAGGCAAAAUGGUCGAUGGUUGAAUCUGUUUUCUCAAAUUGGACUUGCUUGGAGGUGAACUAUACUCAUCUUGAUAUUGUUGAAAGUCAUCUUCCCUUGCAGUACAGCUGAGUGUCUGACCGCUUUCCUUUUCCACAGUUGCCUUUCUGCAGGUUAUCCGGACAUGUGCUCAGUCAUUAGAGCUGAGGGGCUGUACUAAGCACUGAGAUCUUUGAAGCUGCUUACAACUGUAACAACAAGCCUGUAGGUUGCAAAGUUGCUAGUUGCAAUCAGCAUGCACUGUUCGUAAGUCCUUGGUUUGUAACUUCAUAAAAUAAACUCU